AUGAAUACCGAAGGUAGUAGUAGUAAUAGUGAACGCGCAAUUAUUGAUGAUCUGGAUUUUGAUAUUGAUGGGAUUUUGGAUAGCUGGAUUGAUGACCUUAUGGAUGAUAACUGUGAGCUUGUGAUGAGUUCUGGGGUGGAAACAAUGACCAUCAAUCCAGGUCCUUGUCAGCCAAUCAUGUCCACUUUAAACAGCAACACAAAUUUGAAAGGAGGUUCAGCAAAUCAGUCGCAAUAUGGAAUUGCGAAGGAGAUGACGUCUAUGAGCAGCUUGAUUCCCAACUAUUCAACAUACAUAUCAGGUCAGGUCUUGUCCGCUGAACCUAUAUACUCAUAUGUCACUAAUUCAGCUGCACAUAAUUCACAGUUAGGUAGAACAACAGCCUAUUCCCAAUAUCACCAUAUACAGUCGACCCAGUCAAACCAAAAUCCACCAUCGCUGCAGCAUGUCUUCAAUAACAACUCUUCCCAGCAGCCACUAACACAUGCAUUAGCAGAUCAAUCAAACAUCACUUUUAGUAACCAAAAGAAUGAAAUCCAAUACCAAGUGGGGGCUCUACAAAAUCCAACACUUCAAACUCAGCAAAACCCGAAUCAACAACAGUUGCAGUUACAACAAGAUACAGGGACUGCAGCUUCAGCCGGUUUUGUAGCUCCUACAGAACUAUACCCUCCAGCUGCUUGGCGUGAGUAUGCUUUAACACAGAUCCGACUGAUGAAGGAAAAGUACUUUAGCGACCUACUGAAAAUGCAUAGAAAGGCCACACAGUUCCGUAAUCAGGCAACACAUGUGGAGGCAUCAAAGGAGUACCAACGUGUCAUAGUUUUUCUGGAAAAGAUGCUAACUUUUUUGAGUAUCUCUACAGAUGAAGGUCUUCCUAUAAAUAACCAGAAAACUUACGGUUACAUGACUCAAAUAGCCAACUAUGUGAAAUAUCAUAUGGACAAGAGUGUUGCUUCUUCUCAGCACCCUGAGCCGGGCGGUCACCCAUCUAGAAGACAUGUGCAUCCUAAUAGACGCAGAAAGUUGCUAUACAACCCGCCACCAAAUCCUUCUACAGGGGUUGUAAAUUUGGAUGACAUGGCAAACUUUAAUCAGAAUUAUCCAUCAAGAAGACUACAAACUGGAAGAAUGCCAAGUGUCCAAAACAAUAGAUCUUCUCAAAUAGGUAUAGAUCAACAGCCUGUGAAUAAUCUGCAACGUAUCGGUUCCUUCAAAGCUCCACAGCCAAUUGGUUUGAACACAUCACAACAGGUAAACUCAGGAUCUAAGAAUAGCAGUGUUAACGCGUCCGGCUUUCCUGUAGAUUUACCUUCAAAUACAACUGCCUCAAACUUUACAUCUAGACCGCUCAACAACCAACCAGCAGCAGCCAAUCAGAAGUUAAAUUUAGAAAAAAUGAAGCAGCCAAUGUACAAAACAGAUGAGCCUAAUGAGUCAAAAGGGGGUCAGGCCAUGUCUCCUUUGGGUUCAAAAUUGCUGAAUCCGGGUCAUUCUCCACAAUUUUCUCGUCCAUUGACUCAGAAGCCAAUUAGUCAGCAAACAGCUUCUCCUCAAUGGUCUUCUUGGCUGUCAACUGUUACAUCGUCAGGAUUUGAUGUAAACCAUGUGUUGUCACCAGAAUCGAUAGCACGUUCACCCUUCAUACUUUCUUUUUCACCCAAUACAUCUGGUCAAUCAUCACUGUCAACUGCAGAGAGUAAAACACUAAAAACACCCGUGGAUCCCCCUUGUAAGGAACAAGGCCAAGAAGAGGAAAAACCCAAAGAUCCAAUCCAACGUUUGGUGGAUGCGGUAAAAUCAAUGUCUUCGAAAGCAAUGAGAUCUUCAUUAACUGCCAUCAGCUCACUCAAAAGAGAUAUGGAUAUAGUACCUAACAUUGAACCUCCAUAUACCCUUGGCUCAUACAUAAAUGACAAAGAGAAUGCCAUGUUAGAAAAUGACAACGAGCCAGAAAGAAAAAUCAGACGCAAACUAAGUGUUUCAUCAGUGUCUCAAGAUCCGUUUAAUUUUGAGGAAUGGCCUGAGAUUGAGAACAAAGGGACAAUAUUGGCCGAGAUCAAACAGAUUAACAACAAGCUACUUGAGACAUCCAUGGUUGUAGUGUCAGAAUCUGCUCAAGGAACCAUGGUCCAUUGCAUGUUCAGGAAUGUCUGUUUCCGUGAUUUACUUGGUCCACGAGCUGGGGUUUCAUCUGAAAAGAUGCCUGAGUUUGUGACACAGCUACUUGUUCCGGUUAGCUAUCCAGCCUUGGCACCUAAAAUCUCGAACUUGUGUUCUAAUGUCUUGAGUGAACCGUGGGGGAAGCUCUAUGAAAAGAUGGUGACUCGAUUUGAUGUUGCACUUCGUGGGGUUGUUGGACAAAUGAUGCUUGGAGAUAUAGCACAGAAAUGGGAUGCCAGUGUGCGAUUUGUGAUGACUGAAUUUGUGCAAAAAAUGGGGGGACAAAGCUUCAGUUCGAUACAUGGAAGCUGGGAGAGUUGCGUACACAGUUCUUCUGGCUCUAACUAA